AUGCGAGACGUCCAGCAGAAAGCGGUGCCUCAGCAGCCGCCGGGUUCCCGUUCUCCUCCUCACCCUCCCCACCCGACGCCGUCUUCUCUGAGGCAUGGAUCUCUACUCAAGGACUGGUUUAUGCUCAUUAAAGCCCAUCGCAAAAGUUUCCGCAGGAAAGGAGGCUUCUCCACCUACAUGGAGAAGCUCCGGUUGUCUAUGUCUAUGUCCCGGACCAGCCCCCGGGCUGACGGCUCGGGGGCUGGUCCGGGAACCCCGGUGGACGGGCAGGGAGCCAGCUGUGGACAAAAGAACAGGCCAGAACCAAAUAAGAUUUUUCUGCCUGAAGACAGAGACGUAGGAAGGAUGGUCGACCGGCCUCUGAAUCCCUCUCCUGUGAGACAAAAGCAAAGAGUUCAGCGUCAAAUUUCAGAGAGCUCCAUGGUGGCCGAAGAGUCUGUUCCCAUCCCUCCUGAUGUGGCCCACUUGAUCAAACUCCGUGCCAAAGAGCUGAAGAUCCGGCUGGAGGACCGCUGCUGGGCCGCCGAGGUGGUCAACGACUUCCGGGAAAACCUGCUGAGGUUCCUGAAAAGCAGCAGCGACCAGCCUCUGUUCCAGUCAGCGGAGUUCCUCACCACAGGAAGCUACUUCGAAAAAGUCAAGAUCCACAGCCCAGAUGAGUUCGACAUGAUGCUGAAGCUCCAGGUUCCCUGCCGCCUCAACACCACCAGGCUGGACGCCGGCCUGUUCUACCGGAUAGAUCUGGUUCGACCAACUCGCUCGCCCAUCAAGGACUUCCUCCUGGACAACGACCUGACCUUGUCGUCCAGUAAAAUCCUGACUGAGAUGUUUCGGCUCGUCCGCAAGUUCCUGAAGACUUACAGAGUUCCUGAUGCUCGCUGCCGCUGGGAGGUGAACAAGAAGAAGCCCAACUCUCCGGCCGUCACUCUGUCUCUGUGCAGGAGGGAGUUAAAAGGGGAGGAGCUUAUUUCUGUGGAUGUGGUUCCUGCUUUGGAGGUUCAGAGCUGGCCACCUGCCGUGCGAAAUGGACCUGAUGUGGACAAAUGGCUGGGAAAGAAGCUUCGCCAGGAAAUCAGGGGUUUGCCUUGUUACUUCGUACCCAAGAAACAGAAAGGAAGAAACCUGAGUGAAGACGCCAAAGAGAGCUGGAGGAUUUCGUUUUCUCACAUUGAGAAGAAAAUCAUCAUGUCUCAUGGCAACAAGAAAACCUGCUGCGAGAGCAAAGGCGCCAAAUGCUGCCGAAAGCCGUGCCUGAUGCUGCUGAAAUCUCUGAUUGAGGCUCUGAAACAACGUUUCCCCAAAGAUCUGCAGGAUCUCUGCUCGUACCACGGGAAGACGGCCUUCCUGCACACUCUGUCUGCCAGGUUUGAUGAUUCCUCCUGGGCUCCUCAGCAGCUUCCCGCCUGCUUGCUGCACCUGAUCGAGGCUCUGCAGGACCACGCUCGCUAUGGCUUGCUUCCUCACUUCUUCGUUCCCGAAUGCAACCUCUUUGCUACGCCGCUGUUUCCUCGCAAAGCUCAGCUGUUCCUGGUCAACGCUCUGGAGGAGCAGAAGAAGGAAGGUCUGCAGCUGCUGAAGCAUCCAGCUCCUCUUCCUCCACUGAAACCAACAACUGUCAGAGCAGAAAUAGAGGAACUGAUUGGAACAUCUGGAACAUCCCACCCUUUGGUUUCCUCUGAAGGUCUGAGGCUCUUCAUGCUGUUUGCUGUAGCUGUUUUCUUCAGCUUUAUCUUCUUCACUAGACUUGGAUGAAUUAAGAUAAAUUAUUUAUCCUGAUUCAGCACAAGA